AUGGAGUCCAAUUCCAAGCCUACCAUCCUCUUCUAUGAUAUCGCCUCCGCCCCACCCGUCACUUGCUAUGCGCCGAACCCCUGGAAGACAAGAUACGCCCUCAACUUCAAACAAGCCCACUAUAAAACACAAUGGGUAGAACUGCCCGACGUUCCCACUGUGCGCAUGAGAUUUGGCAUCCCAGCCAACAGAGUCCUCCCCGACGGCAGUCCCUUCUACACCCUUCCCAUCAUCAAAAACGAAUCGACUGGCGAACUUGUGGGCGAUUCGUUCGAGAUUGCCCAGUACCUUGACAGACUCUACCCCGAGGGGCCGAGAUUACUCCCUCCUUUGACUGUGGGCCUGAUCUCCGCAUUCAAUUCCCAGGUCGAUGCUGUCUUCACCCAGCAUUGCGUGCUCUGUGUUCAGGGGAUGCCUUUCAAUCCUGCGACAGCGGAGGAGUCGAAAGCGGCGUUUGCCAAGCGAGCGGGCAAGGAGCGCUAUGAGGAUCUGAUGAUCACCGGAGAGGCGAGGGCUGGCAUGCUCAAGAGCUUCCAGAAUGCGCUGGGAGAGCUGGCAAAGGCGUACCGCCGGACGGAGGGCCCGUUUCUUGACGGUGAUACGCCUACGUAUGCCGAUUUCAUUGUAGGUAGCUGGUUGAAGUUUUACAAGAAGACGAUAGAGGAGUGGGAGCAGUUGUUUGGUUGGCAUGAUGGGUUAUGGGGAGAGUUACAUCGUGCGCUGGAAAAGUAUGCAGAGGUCAAAUAG